UUGUUAAAAUCAGUAUUCGACUUCCCUCGGAGCUGAACACACGUUUUCCUCCUGAAUUAUUAGUUAAAAUUUCUUUCAAAAAUUUUUCUUCAACAUUUUCUCUUCCAAAUUUUUGUCUUUCUUUUCGGACAACAAAUUUUUUCCCGAACAAAAUGUUUAAGCAAUCGGUUGUAAUUCUUGGACGACGCACAAAGGACUGUCUUUGCAGCCACGUCGUGCGUCCCAACUUCUUGGUUCGUUCUCAUCAUUUGGCCAAUUUCAAGAAUGCAGGCAUCCAAGACCAACGCCUUGGACGCCGCAGUGAUUCUCCCAAGAAACUGGAGGAUGGCUCCGUCGGAAUUAUCCAUGUCCAGGGACAAGAGUCUGCCACCCUCGCCAAUCCUAUGCAACGCAGAUUCCUGAACGAUCUAGAGCUUCAGCAGAACCGUUGGUUAAAGGAGGAAAAGAAAAACCAGGACGAUGUCGGCAGCCUGACCAAGCAGAUUACCAUGUCCGCCGGUGGCGGAGAUAAGUGCAAAGGCGGCAAGGACGCCGAUAAAAAGAAGAAAGAAGAAGCUGAAAAGAAAAAGUGUGCAGAAAUGGAACAAAAGAAGAAAUGCGCGGAAGCGGCCAAAAGGCAGAAGAAGAGAAGAAAAAGGCAGAAGCCGACAAGAAAAAGAAGGAACAGGAAACGGCUAAGAAGUGCAAGGAAAUGGCUGAGAAGGAGAAAUGCAACAAGAUGGCUGCAGAAGCGAAAAAGAAGGAAGAAGCUGAAAAGAAGAAAAAAGCAGAGGAAAAGAAGAAGAAAGAACAGGAAAAGAAGUGCAAAGAGAUGGCCGAGAAGGAGAAAUGCAAAAAGAUGGCCGAUGCUGAGAAAUCCAAAAAGGGAGGAGAUAAGCCCAAGAACCACAUCUUGCGUCCCAACUUCUUGGUUCGUUCUCAUCAUUUGGCCAAUUUCAAAAAUGCAGGCGAGUAUUACUCUCGUCCCAGUGUAUGCGGUUAUAAUACCAUUGCUGGUUUAGGCAUCCAAGACCAACGCCUUGGACGCCGCAUUGAUUCUCCGAAGAAACUGGAAGAUGGCUCCAUCGGAAUUAUCCAUGUUCAGGGACAAGAAUCUGCCAAUCUCGUCAAUCCUAUGCAACGCAGAUUCCUAAACGAUCUGGAGCUUCAGCAGAACCGUUGGUUAAAGGAGGAAAAGAAGAACCAGGACGAUCUCGGAAGCCUAACCAAGCAGAUUACCAUGUCCGCCGGUGCCAAAGAUAAGGGCAAGUCCAAAGGCGGCAAGGGCGAUGACAAAAAGAAGAAAGAAGCUGCUGAAAAGAAAAAGUGCGCUGAAAUGGAACUAAAGCAGAAAUGCGCGGAUGCGGCCAAAAAGGCAGAAGCCGACAAGAAAAAGAAGGAAGAGGAAAAGAAGUGUCAGGAAUUGGCUGAUAAGGAAAUGUGCGCCAAAAUGGCCGGAAUUGAAACGGAUCCCUGCAAGAAAGAAAAAAAGGACAAGAAAGAAGGUAAAAAGAAAAAAGGGUGCAUCCGGGCUUACCGACUAGUCAAGCUCAAGGAGAACCCGGAGACUGUUCAGAAAUCGGACCAGGAAUCACAGAAAACUCUGCUUAAGUUGCGUAACGAGUGGAUUUCAUGUAUGGGUACCGAUACCGCCCCACUUAUCGAUCAGUCGUAUCGGUGCCCGUCCCUGGGCGAUCUCGAGUUGCAGCUGAAGCGGAGAAUCCUGGAGAGAGAAUGCCCCGACCUUGAGUCAUCUAAAAACCGGGAAUUUCUUCGUGAAGUCGCCAAGCACGUCGACGGAUGCCAAGAUGGGUGCGACAGCAUGGGCGAAAGCAAUGGCGAGAACAACGGCGAUUGCGAGAAGAAAAAGGGCAAGAAGAGUGGCAAGGACGGUGGGAAAAAGGGAGACGGGGAGGAUGGUGACAAUGGCGAUGGGAGCGGCGAAUGCGAGAAGCAGGGUAAGAAAAAGGACAAGUGUGGCAAGGACGAAGAAAAUGGUGAAGGGGAGGAAGAAAAGAAUGGCAAGAGUUGCAAGGACAAAGAAAAGAAAGAAGAUGAAGAGGAUGAUGACGAUGUUGACAUCGAGCAGAUAGAGGCAGAAAAUCAAAAAGAAAAGAAGGGCAAGGAGGGCGAGGAGGACGAAGAGGACGAAGAGGGCGAAGAGGAUGAGGAUGCCGAGAAGAAAGGGCGAGAAAGGCAAAGACGGCGAGAAGAGCGAGAAAGGCGAAGACGGCAAGAAGACCCAGAAAGACAAAGACGGCGAGAAGCCCGAAAAAGAAAAGGCGGCGAGAAGAGCGUGAAAGGCAAAGAAGGCGAAGAGUGUGAGAAAGGAGAAGACGGCGAAAAGGGCGAGAAAGGAGAAGACGGCGAAAAGGGCGAGAAAAGCAAAGACGGCGAAAAGGGCAAAAAGGGCAAAGACGGCGAAAAGGGCGAGAAAAGCAAAGACGGCGAAAAGGGCAAGAAAAGCAAAGAGGGCGAAGAAGGUGAAGAAGGCAAUGACGGUGAAAAGGGCAAAGGCGGAGAAAAGGACAAAAGCGGAAAAAAAGGCAAAGGCGGAAAAAAAGGCAAAGGUGGCGCGAAGGGCAAAGGCGGUGAGAAGGGUAAGGGCGGCAAGAAGGGCGAGAAAGGCAAUAAGGGUGGAAAGAAACAAAAGAAGCCAAAGAAGCCGCCAACCGAGGAGGAGGUGCUAGAAAAACUCACCAAGCAGUGCCAAGAAAUGGCUGACAAAGUGGAGUGGGAGAAGCGUGCCAAGAUCGAGGCCAUCAAGCGAGCCUGUCAGGAGGAGCUGGACCGGGAGCAGUGCGCACGCGAGGCCGCGGAGAUUGCCAAGCAAGAGGAAGAGGAUCGAAAGAAGGAGGAAGAGGAGGCCAAACGAAAAGCCGAGGAAGAAGCAAAUAAGAUACCCGCAGAAGACAUCGGCGCGCUCCGGAAAAAGUGCGCUGAGAUGGCCGAAGAGGAUAGGCAAAAGGCCAUGGCCGCCCAGAAGAAGCUCAAGGCCAUGGCCCAAAGGGCUAAGGCCGCGGCGGCCAAGAAAAAGUGCGAGCAGCUGGCUGAGCGCGAAAGAUGCCGCAAAGAGGCCGAAAAGCGGAAGGAGCAGAAGGAUAGAGAAGAGUGCGCCAAGGAAAAUUCAGAAGAUGAUCCUGAAAAAUCAGUUGACGAUGCAUUACAGAAGAAAAAAGAUGAGGAAAAGGCCAAGGAGGCAAUAUGCAAGGAAUUGGCCGAGAAGAAAAAACCAAAGGAAAAGAAAGUGGACAAAUGCGCCAAACUGGCCGCGGAAUCAUCUUCUGAAGACUCGCCUCCCAAAGAUGGAUCGAAAGAAAAAUCAUCAUCUCCAUCUGAGAAAAAAGAAGCCAAAGAUAAAUCUGAGCCAGAAAAAAAGGAUUCCAAAGAUAAACCUCCGCCAGAGAAAAAGGAUCCCAAAGCUAAAUCCCCGCCAGAAGAAAAGGAUUCCAAAGCCAAAUCUUCGCCAGAAGAAAAGGAUUCCAAAGCCAAAUCUUCGCCAGAAGAAAAGGAUUCCAAAGCCAAAUCUUUGCCAGAAAAAAAGACUCCAAAGCUGCAUCAUCUCCACCAGAAAAAAAAGAUUCUAAAGAUGCAUCUUCUUCAGGAAAAAGGAUUCAAAAGACAAAAAUCAAAUUCCAAAAAUAUCUGGGCGGUAUGCAAGAAGUUAGCCGAAGGGAAGUUGAAGCUCAAGAAGAAAAGAUUAAAGCCUUGAAGGCUCAGUGCGAUUGCAUACUUCAAAAGGAAAAACGCAUGCGCGAAAAGCAAAAGAAAAAGGAAAAAAGGCUCAAGGAGCUCUGCAAAAAACAUGACAAAGAUAAACCCAAGAAAUAGGGUUUAAAUGACGCGAUUAAACUGAUCUUAAAUCCGAAACCUCUUAAAGAACGGUUCCCAAUUCUCGUUUCAAAAUAAUAUCUGAACCGUGCGCCCCAUUGCAUAUUGUGUUUAAUGCCGAUAAUUGUGAGACAUCAGUUUCCCAACCACUCUUUCUCGCUUACUGAAACAAAACAUUGGAAUGUUAAGCAGCACGUUGAGAUUUACUAUCCGGGAUUUCAAAUUAAAUUAAUUAAAAAUCGGUGUCUGAUACUAAA